CUACCCCCAUCCAUAUCCCACAUGAAACGGUGCCUGCCUGUCGGCGCGAGGCUGUCGGCGCGUAGCUGUCGUCGCGUUGACUUCCACACGAACCGUCCGUGGUGUGACCCUGAGAUCCAUCUCACCAAGGACGGUAAGGGUGUAUCGUUGCUGUGAGGCCGCCUCGGCGGCUACGGCGCUCCUGUCCUUCGUGCUCAACGCAUAGACAGCUGCACGAGACAGAAUCAUGGCCGGCAAGGAGUGAGCGACGACUAUAUUUCUCUAGCUGUCUGACAUGGCGCCUACAGUGUCGAUUGAAAAGCGCCUGCAGUGCCUCGAGACUCAGAUAAGAGAGAGCUGGCUGGGUGACGUCUGUCAUGGGGACCAUCUGUCCCUGCACACGUGACAGUGGACACAUAAUGACAUCAACUGUCAAGGUCUGUAUGCCUAGUCAUACCGAGAGCCUGUCCAUCGCUCUCCCAAAGAUGGCGAAAAGUGUCCCGACGAGAUAGCGCAUCUGCCAGUCGCGAGUGGCCCAGCGGACACCCGCCGCCCUGAGUGAUGACCCUAACUGAACCACACAGACCGGGCUAGGUCAGCAACCCUUUCACCAUCACAAGUUUUCCGACGUGCUGCUUCUAACUCACCGAGGCAACGACGUCGAUCCUCGAAGCUCCUGAUAGGUGCGCUUGGUACACGGCCUCCAGCACCGCAUACGCUGUGACGCGGCAGGGUGUUGUGCAACAGGGCGCGGAGCCGAGUCGCGCUCCAAUCAGGGCGGCAUGGACGAAGUCGGCUAUACGCACACAAAACAUCCCUCUCUUUGUGAUCACCCGCCAGCCAUUGCCUGGUCUCACCAUGGGAUAUGCCUCGCUCUCUGAGCCAGUUGCAUAGGGGCUCCGGACUGCACAGUCGACCCAUCGGCAUCGCCCAGAACGUCUCAGCGGACACGACGAUCUGCAGUCGCCGCAAACACAGAGACAUAUCGAUAUCCGUGUGCGGCAUUAUCCGUCCAUACCAGUGUGCGCCUCGCGGCAAAGGGGGUCAGCAGUUUGACGUGAUCAUAGUCUGGGGCGAGCAUCAGCUGGAACUCGCCGUCCCUCAGCUUGGCCGCAUUCUGGUUAGCAGCCCUGGCGAGUGUGUGGUCGGCCAGUCCCACGUCGGGAUCCAGGAACGUGGCAGAGGUUCCCAACAU